AUGGCUGUUGCUUAUAUCAUUGAGGUAAAUAUCCGUGAGAGGGAAGAGCUAUUCCAUCUAAAGAAGAACAUCACCAGAAGAACAGAUGGAUGCACUCUAGCCAUGUUUGGACUAAGCAACAAAUUUGAAGCAGAAUUUCCUUCCUCUUUAACUGGAAAGGUUGCACCCGAAGAAUUUAAAGCCAGCAUCAGUAGAGUGAACAGUUGUCUUAAGAAGAACCUUCCAGUUAAUGUACGAUGGCUACUAUGCGGAUGCCUUUGCUGCUGCUGCACUUUAGGUUGUAGUAUGUGGCCAGUUAUCUGCCUCAGUAAAAGAACACGAAGAUCGAUUGAGAAGUUAUUAGAAUGGGAAAACAAUAGGUUAUACCACAAGCUGUGCUUGCAUUGGAGACUAAGCAAAAGGAAAUGUGAAACGAAUAACAUGAUGGAAUAUGUCAUCCUUAUAGAAUUUUUACCAAAGACACCGAUUUUUCGACCAGAUUAG